CGAUGCGAAUGGGAAAAUUCUCUGCUCACUAACCUGUUCGAUAUUGUUGCGUGAAUUCUUUUGGUGGUGUAACAAGUGAUUCAGGUGGACAUUGUGAUUUUGCAGAAGAUAUUUCUUCAAUCGGGUCAUUGGUGCGACAAAAGUCACCGUUAUGCUCUAAAAGAUCAUCUGGUGGAAGGACUGAAAGAAAGAGCAUCCAUAGAGAAAUUGUAUUUUUGCAAUAAGUGCCUCUUAAAAACUUUUUGUGUCUUACAGUUGUGUUUUCUCUGUUUCCCAUUUUCAGUGUAACCGUAUUUGUGAGUGAUAAAAAAAAGUAAAAAAAAAACUAGACAUAAAAGAAUUAAAUCUGAGAACUCAAGGUAAAAAAGUGUCACAAUGGUCGGGAGACUUCUGUUAGUAAGUCUCGCUGCGAUUUUCUGCAUCUGUGGCGUUCAGAGUCAGGAAAAUGCCCAGACACGCAUCUCAGCCGCACUUCAGGAAUGCUACAGAGAUAACUUAUUGUUUCAUCGGGAAAAUCGUCUGCCACACACACCUGAGAUGCUGAUAGAAUUGAUCCGAAAAGUUGAGGAUUCUCCAGACUGGCGACAGGACAUGCGACAGCUUGCCAUGAGUAUUGUACACAGAUUUCGGCAGGAUGGCAUAGAAAGAGCAGCUGGAGUGGACGUCAGCGAUACUGUCCUUCCCUUCAGUCCCAUGGGAUUCCAAUUCACCAAACACAGAAUCCUCCUGUCGCGUUUGGUACCUGGAAAUGCCCUUACAUUCCCAAAUGAAACACUAACAGCCACAGAAAGGUGCGCCCUUCACUUCAUGAUUUCCACUUCCGUGGACACUGCAGUUCGUGGCGAUGAGAAUAUUCGUUGCAAUCAGCUAUCACAGUAUCGAUCCCGUGUACCACGAAAUGCCGAUGGUGAAGAGACAGAAUUUGAAAAUGAAGAUACUGAACAAGAUCCGGAACCAUCUGAAGAUGAGAUUCCGGAAGAAACCCUGGUUGAUACUGAGAUUGAGGAACAGGUUGAAGUUACAAAUGUUAAUACAGCCAUCAGCCAAUGCCCUGUUGAGAAUGGAGUGCUCCUGUCCCAAUGGGGAGCAUUUUCUGCAGGACCAGUACUUACAGGGAUUGCUGCUGGACUGUCUCCGCAAACUGUGACAACCAGGGAGCUUCUAGCUCUAUCUCGUGUGGUUGGUCGUUCUCAGAGACAACAGCAGAGCUUCCAGGUGGAUAAUAGAUGGGCUGCUACGUUGGCUGGUGAUCUUUCGGAAGUGGCUCUUCGUCAAGGUUCAGCAGCUAAUCGAAAUAUUGCUGUGGGUGCUUCAGGUACCUUCAACAGCACCCUGAUUCCUCGUUGGUACUUCCUUCGUCAGCGUGAAUUCUUUGAGAUGACAGAUGCUGAAAUUCGCGGUGGUAUUGAUGGUCUGAUUAUGGGUUUGAAUGCAGUGGAAUGGCGCAAUCGCUUCAAUGCUAUCAAAUUGAGUCAGGUCCUGGACAUGUACUACAGCCAUAGAGGUGUAUUUGAAAGACGAUUCAGGGCAUGCAAUAGGAACACUCUAUUUCCGGAAGUAGCACCUGUGGAGCAACUGCGAGCUCAGACAACUGCCUUUAGUACAGUUCUGGACAAGGAUAUGCAGCUUAGGGUUACCCUGACACCAAAUGGUAUCCAGGCAUUCUCCGAUAGUGCUGUUGAGUCCCUCUCAUCCUAUGUCCCUCAAUCUCUCAACGAUCCAUCUUGUGCUGUUACGGCUAUUCGGCCAAAUGAUGAGAAUAUCUGGAGAACUUCAGCGGAUCUAUUUAUAUUCCUUGACACUUCCUGGCCUUUCUUCGAAAUCAACGGAGUCGUAGCUCAUCUUCUACAUAAUCUGGAUGUUAAUCGCUUCGGAACAUCCUACACGAUAAUGAAUGCUGUUGAUGGAAGUAUUAUCGUUAACAAAACCAAUAGCCUUAGCGACUUGUAUGCCAUUUGGAACCUAACAACCCAUCAGGCUCAUCCUCAGGGUGUAGAGUUCCCUAGGCUUUUGCCUACUCUUCAGACUCUUAUGGCCAAUCAACUUGAUCAUGAACGCGCUGCCUCUAGUGUUGGUGGUCGGUCCAAAAUUGUUCUGAUUAUCCCUAAUAUGUCCGGAGUUAGUGGAGCUGAUUCCGAUUUUGCUGAUGAAAGAUUGAGGGCGAUGAGAGAAAUUGCACCGGAUAUGGAACUAUUCUUCCUGUCUGGAGGAACUGCAACACGCUGGAACAGAUUCGUACGCAAUCCUAGGACACAUAUUCAUCAACUGAGGGUUAGUGGUCAAAGUGGUGGCGAGGAUAGUACGAUCCCAAGUCAAUUGAGAGAACUCAUCACGACUAUUCAAGCAACUCCUCGGCGAAUCAUCAAUCCACGAUGUGGCGCUGUUUGGAGUCCUGAAGGACAGGGAGUUGAUUCCCAGAAUGAUUAUGUUGAGCCUGAAGGAAUAAUUUUCUAUCGUGUCAGUCCCAAUUACUUCUUCCGUCCUGGUGAUCAGAGACGUGUUGUGAGGAUUCAGGGUCAGGGUUAUGCUCCUUUGACUGUCUGUAUGUCCAGGACUGAGCCGAAUCCAAGGGCUAAUGCUACCAACCAAAAUGGCGAAGUGAGAUGCAUCAGUAUUUCCCAGAACAGCUUUGAGGAGAACGUUAGCGAUUACUGCUAUGACCAUUCCUACAUCCAUCAUUGUCCACCUCUAUUUAUCUCCGUCGAGGGACCAUCGCUCAGUGGCGGUGAUAAUAUCCAGAUUCGCUGCAGUGAUCUCGAUUGUCGCUUCCCAGACAAUUCCCGAUUUGCCAUCCAGACGGAGAAUCUGGGCUGCUUCAGUGGAAGUGGUGUGAAAAUGACUUUCCUCUUUAUGAUUCUAUCGCCUCUGUUUCUGUUUCUCGGGAGAUUUCUCUAAAUCCUGAACAAUUCAGUUCUUUUUCCCGCCUUUUUUUUGUACAUUACCCUUCGUCGUCACACUGCAUACAAAUAAAUUUUCCACAAUGACCAUUUUGUAUUACAUAAAUAAUUUGUUUAAGUAUAUCUCCAUAGGAUGUGAAAUUUUGACCACAAAUAAAACCAUUUUAGUAAAUA